AUGAGUCUUCUUAAUCUUAUUGUCAUUACCUUGUCACUUCUACCUACAUUAACAUGCGCUCAAAUAUUGUUUCAGUUGGUUCUUGCUAUUGUCAAUAAUUUAUUAACAAUUUUUAUAAAUUUGGUACCAAAGGGAUUCAAUUGGGAGUCAUCUAAUAAAGAAGGAGGAUGGUACAACUUCCUCAAAAACUCGGCACCUAAAGAUCUAGCUAGUGCUGGAAUCACCCAUAUUUGGCUUCCACCUCCUUCGCAAUCUGUGGCACCCCAAGGGUAUCUGCCUGGACGUUUGUAUGAUCUCAACUCAAAAUAUGGAAGUGUGGGAGAAUUGAAGUCAUUAAUAAAGGCUUUCAAACGUGAAGGAAUUAAGUCAGUUGCAGACAUAGUUAUAAAUCAUAGAACUGCGGAGAAACAAGACAGCCGAGGCAUAUGGUGUAUCUUUCAAGGUGGAACUUCAGAUGAUAGACUCGACUGGGGACCUUCAUACAUUUGCAAAGAUGACAUCGAGUACUCUGAUGGCACAGGCAAUCCUGACACAGGUAUGACCUAUCCUCCUGCCCCAGAUAUUGAUCAUACUAACCCAAGAGUCCAAAGAGAACUCUCUGGUUGGAUGAAUUGGCUCAAGAAAGACAUCGGUUUCUCUGGUUGGAAUUUCGACUUCGUUAAAGGAUAUUCACCAAAGUAUAUAAAGUUAUAUAUGAAAAACACCAAGCCAGCCUUUGCUGUUGGAGAAUUUUAUGAUGGAAAUAUGAAAUUGAUAAUAGAAUGGCUUGGGGCAGUAGGAAAUAAAAACAUCACUGCCAUCGACUUCCCUACUAAAUUCACCCUUCAAACUGCGGUGCAAGGGGAUUUGUCAAAACUAAAGGGCUCAAAUGGAAAACCACCAGGAUUGAUUGGGUCAUUUCCAAGAAAGAGUGUAACGUUCAUCGACAAUCAUAACACAGGCUCUACACAGAAACAAAACCCAUUCCCGUCCGAAAAAGUCAUCCAGGGUUAUGCUUACAUUCUCACGCAUCCCGGGAUACCUUCCAUAUUUUAUGACCACUUCUAUGACUGGGGCAUAAAAGAGGAGAUAACUAAGUUAAGUGCAGUAAGGUACAGGAAUGGAAUCAAACCAUCCAGCUCAGUGCGCGUUAUCGCUGCAGAUUCUGAUCUCUAUUUAGCUGAAAUUGGUAAGAAAAUAAUUACCAAGAUUGGCCCAAGGAUGAACUUGGGUUCCCUUGUCCCACCAAAUUUCAAGGUUGCUGCCUCUGGUAAAGAUUACGCCGUGUUUGAGAAAACACAUAAAAUAACAGGGGUACUAAUCGAUUCCGAUGCUAACUAAACAUUCUUGGUGUUACUUAUAAUAAUGUAUCCAGAC